GCAACUUUUUUAGUGUGAUCAUCAUCAGCUAGGGUUAUGUUUGAGAUUAGAUUUUUCAAUUUUGGUAAAAAAGAUUAGGGAAGACAGAAAGAAACAACAUCAAAAUGUGGCCUUUUUGGUGGAAAGGAGCAUCUGGGUUCUCAGCUCGUUCCACAGCUGAAGAAGUCACUCAUGGAAUCGAUGGUACUGGUCUCACAGCUAUCGUCACAGGAGCAUCAAGUGGUAUUGGGGAAGAGACUACGCGUGUUCUUGCUCUUCGUGGUGUUCAUGUUGUAAUGGCGGUAAGGAAUACGGAUUCUGGUAAUCAAGUUAGAGAAAAGAUACUUAAGGAAACACCCGAGGCUAAGAUUGAUGUAAUGAAGUUAGAUCUUAGCUCAAUGGCUUCUGUCAGGAGCUUUGCAUCAGAAUACAAGUCUUUGAACCUUCCCUUGAACCUUCUCAUCAAUAAUGCAGGGAUUAUGGCAUGUCCCUUCACGCUUUCUAGCGACAACAUUGAAUUACAGUUUGCAACCAAUCAUUUGGGUCAUUUUCUGCUGACGAACCUUCUUUUGGAGAAAAUGAAGAAAACAGCUAAUGAAAGCAAUAGAGAAGGAAGAAUUGUUAUUGUCUCAUCAGAAGGUCAUCGAUUUGCUUACGGGGCAGGUAUUCGGUUUGACAAAAUAAAUGAUGAAGCAAGCUACAAUACUUUGCAAGCAUAUGGUCAGUCAAAGCUCUGUAACAUAUUGCACGCUACUGAGCUGGCUAGGCAGUUCAAGGAACAAGGUGUGAAUAUCACUGCUAAUUCACUUCAUCCUGGAUCCAUUAUGACCAAUCUUUUGCGCUACCACAGCUUCAUAAAUACAAUUGGUAAUGCGGUGGGAAAGUAUGUGUUGAAGAGUAUUCCACAGGGAGCGGCAACUACAUGUUAUGCUGCGCUACAUCCGCAGGCAAAAGGAGUGAGUGGGGAAUACUUGAUGGACAACAACAUAUCUAACCCUAAUUCUCAGGGUAAAGACAAAGAUUUAGCCAAGAAACUAUGGGAAUUUAGCUUGAGCCUAACCGGUGAAGAAGAAUCAUAGAUACUUUUGCUAAGUUACAGUCUUACAGAUAAAGAGAUAUGGUUUAAUAACAAAAUUCUCAUUAUCAAUCGACCUUUUGAUUCUUUUCUUGGUUCAAGCUCAGUCAUGUAUAUAGUUUUACAGAUGAAAUGAAAUUCUGUUUUUAAAUUUGGUUUGAAAUCGUUGGAUGUUGUAAUCAAGUUUAGUCAUUUUU